UUCAUGUCAUUGUGGUCUUCGUCUGCAUUGCUCCAGCUCAGGGUUGAGAGAGUAUCAUGUGCCACUGUCACGAGACUUUGUGGAACUGUCUUUGAGCUGCCUUUCUCUGCUGUCGAUCCCUGGAUCUCGAGAGAAGUUUUCUCAACAGGCACGGCGCAGCAUUGCCGAAUACACCGCCGGAAUCAAGGAUAGGAUUCAGAGUUGACUGCGGCUGGCGAAUCAAUUAAAUGAAUCUAUAUGACUUGGUUUUUGUGAGAGAUUGUGCUCAGGACGUUAGUACAAUGUGAGUAGUCGGCUGGACGUGCAGUGCAGAGAAUGCAGGCAAUUCAUUGUUUGCGAGGAUGGGGAUUGCUCGCAGGAGAUCAGCGCUUCUGCUCCUCCUCGUUUCCUUCGUUUUCUGUGCUGCCAUAUCAGUUGCAGCCGAUGACGAUGACAACGUAGACUCCUGGCUGAAAUUGAUGGCUGAUACAUCGGGCUCAGAUGCUGACUCUGAUUAUGACUUCGAAACGGACGACACUCCAGCGUCUGAUUCAGUAUAUGGAGAUUCAUUGGUAGCAGAGCAAGACAACCAUCCGGCUGAUGGAACGAAGUCGGGAGGUGCCUCGAAUGGGAUGUUUGUAAAGUUUCCGAAGCCAAAGGGUAAGUCCAGAAAGAUCACGGUCUCCAAGUCUGGGAAAGACGACUUCACCACCAUCAAUGCUGCUCUAGACUCCAUAGCCGAGCACGAAAAGCACCGCACCGUGAUACACAUCCGGGAGGGCAUCUACGAGGAGAAGAUAGUCAUCAACGUGUCGAAACCAUACAUCACGUUCCGGGGCGACGGCCGAGAUAAAACAAUUAUACAGUGGGGUGACAAAGCUGGUGAUUUCGACGACGAUGACCAGCUGCUUAAGACCUACAGAAGCGCCACCGUCGGUGUGAAUUCUCAAUACUUUAUUGCGGAGAACAUCCAGUUUCGGAACACAGCACCCCAACCGCCUCCAGGUGCAGUCCUACGGCAAGCUGUGGCUUUUCGCAUCACGGGAGACAGAGCUGCGUUUUACAACUCUUCCUUCUACGGAUACCAAGACACAUUGUAUGACCACAAGGGCAGGCACUACUUCGAGAACUGCUACAUCCAAGGCUCCAUCGACUUUGUUUUCGGCAAUGGCCGAAGUUUGUACAAGAAUUGCCAUCUGCACUCGGAGGCGAAGGUCUUCGGUUCCGUGACGGCUCAGAAAAGGAACGAGAGCCACAUGAACACGGGAUUCUCUUUCGUGGAUGCAUCCCUUACAGGCACUGGACCGAUCUACUUAGGCCGAGCGUGGGGAAACUUCUCCCGCACUGUGUAUUCCUACACAUGGAUGGACAACAUUGUCUACCCACCUGGAUGGUCGGAUUUUGGCUUCGCCGACCGUCAAUCCAAAGUGUUUUAUGCGCAGUACAACUGCAAAGGCCCAGGUGCAUACUCAAAGGAGAGAGUGGCAUGGGUGCGGGAAUUGACCGCCGAGGAAGCGAAGCCUUUCUUGUCGGUCCACUUCAUCAAUGGCAAGACAUGGCUGAAGAAAUACAUCGGAAAGCCGACAAAGACGAAGAAAAAUUAGUUACCGAGUCAUCACCAUCUCAGUUUUGAGGAUAAAAAGCCCCUGCAUAAGAAAUCGUGCUGCCUGCAGCUGUUGAUGUGAAGUUUGCUUUGUAAUUGUGCAAGUUUUGACAGCGAUCGUAGCUGUGCGUGUCGACAAGUAGAUUUGCGGACACUGAGAAGCUUUAAGCUGCGCAGUCCCUCCAUUCAAUCCCAACAAGUUCCAUGGAUUUAAACUUAGUAGGAUGGUUUUUAGGUGAGAUUAUGUUGCAUGGCGACCCCAUUCUAGGCCGCACCUGAUUUGUUCAAUAAAACAUAAAUGAUCUCCCCGACAA